AUGGGACUUGGUUGUGUGUCUAUCAACACAUUCUUCAAAUAUCAACGGGUAAGUCUUGUCUCAUUUGUAUUCUAUGAUAAUACCCCCAUUUUAUUGAUUCUGAGCCUUAUUUACAUUUUUCAAUUAAUUUUAUUAUUGUAAAAUGAUUGCUUGUAUUGCAGUCAGUAAAACUACAGAAAGGGAUUUUUGACGAUAAACUGAUUGUGCAGGUCUGACAAGUGCAUUUCCUUCUUGGACUUGAAAUAACCGAAAUAAUUAGGUCUGAAUUUAUAUUUAUUUAAACUUAGGGGCUUUUUUCGCUGGGCAUAUUUGGAAGAAAGUUUGCAUUCCACAAUGGGUUAGACAUUACAAUAAAACUGUUUAAAACACUAAGAAAACAGCCUAAAACAGCUUACCAUUAACAAUCCAUGGGCUCCUAUUAGUACGAGGAUAUUUAUGUUUGAGAGUUUGAGGGGGCUUAUUAUUGGGAUUUUAUGCUAUUACAGUAUAAAUAAUGAAGUUUACUUUUUUUAUCAUUUUAGACCAAACUCUUCCCUUCAAUCUACCUGUACUGGCAAAGAUACCAAGCUCAGGUGCUCGUAAAGCUAAAGGCCAUUCAAGAUGGCAUUAUUAUUGCAGGAGAUGGUCGCCAUGAUAGCAUGGGACAUAGUGCAAAAUUUGGUGCCUAUACAAUCUUCUGCUGCACUGUUCCCAUGAUUAUUCAUUUUUCUCUGGUUCAGGUUAGAUAUAUAUUGUUAUCAUUAUUACUUCUGAGUGAUGCACCUACAGUGUAGCUCCCUGCAAUGUCACUUAGAAAUACAUUAUACUUUAUAUAGAGUUCAUAAUGUAUGUACACUACUCUUUUAUUCUCAGAUGCACUUUUUUAACUUACUAAUUGACCUUACCAAUAAUUAAAUUUUCAUUGGAGACAUCAAACUGGUCUUUCCGUUUUAUUUAUAUUCAUCAUUUUUUUAUAGAGGAAUGAAGCUGGAAAUAGUACAGGGAUGGAAUUUAUGGCAUUUCAACAUUGCAUGGACUUCUUGCUGGCUUAUGGCCUUCUGAUCACCACAUUCAUUUCAGACAGACAUUCCACUAUAGCCAGCCACAUGAAAAAUGUUCUUACGAAUAUUGUUCACUACUUCGACAUCUGGCAUCUAAAGAAGAGUAAGGAUAUACCAGUCUUCACUAUCAUUGUAGAUUGUAUUAUAUUUUUGUAA